UUAGGGCCCUGCGCCUGCUCGGGGCUGGGUGGGCAGCGGGCACCAGGGGUGGGGGGGUGGUCCCAUGAGAGCCUAGAGGCGCAGGGCCACCGGGGGUCUCUGGGAGGAUGGGGCAGGACCAGACGAAGCAGCAGAUCGAGAAGGGGCUCCAGCUGUACCAGUCUAACCAGACGGAGAAGGCGCUGCAGUUGUGGAUGAAGGUUCUGGAGAAGAGCUCAGACCUCGUGGGGCGCUUCCGCGUGCUCGGCUGCCUCGUCACGGCCCACUCGGAGAUGGGCCGCUACAAGGAGAUGCUCAAGUUUGCUGUGGUCCAGAUCGACACCGCCCGGGAGCUGGAGGACGCCAACUUCCUCCUGGAGAGUUACCUGAACCUGGCGCGCAGCAACGAGAAGCUGUGUGAGUUCCACAAGACCAUCUCCUACUGCAAGACCUGCCUUGGCCUGCCCGGCACCAGGGCGGCCACCCAGCUCGGAGGCCAGGUCAGCCUGAGCAUGGGCAACGCCUUCCUGGGCCUCAGUCUCUUCCAGAAGGCCCUGGAGAGCUUCGAGAAGGCCCUGCGCUAUGCCCACAACAACGACGACGCCAUGCUCGAGUGCCGCGUCUGCUGCAGCCUGGGCAGCUUCUAUGCUCAGGUCAAGGACUACGAGAAAGCCCUGUUCUUCCCCUGCAAGGCUGCAGAGCUCGUCAACGACUAUGGCAAAGGCUGGAGCCUCAAGUACCGGGCCAUGAGCCAGUAUCACAUGGCUGUAGCGUACCGCCUGCUGGGCCACCUGGGCAGCGCCAUGGAGUGCUGUGAGGAGUCUAUGAAGAUCGCGCUGCAGCACGGGGACCGUCCGCUGCAGGCUCUCUGCCUACUUUGCUUUGCUGACAUCCACCGGAGCCGUGGGGACCUGCAGACAGCCUUCCCCAGGUACGACUCUGCCAUGAGCAUCAUGACCGAGAUCGGGAACCGCCUGGGGCAGGUGCAGGUGUUGCUGGGCGUGGCCAAGUGCUGGGUGGCCAGGAAGGCGCUGGACAAGGCCCUGGAUGCCAUUGAGAGAGCCCAGGACCUGGCCGAGGAGGUGGGGAACAAGCUGGGCCAGCUGAAGCUGCACUGCCUGAGCGAGGGCAUCUACCGCAGCAAAGGGCUGCAGCGGGAGCUGCGUGCCCACGUCGUGCGCUUCCACGAGUGCGUGGAGGAGGCUGAGCUCUACUGCGGCCUGUGCGGCGAGUCUAUCGGCGAGAAGAACAGCCGUCUGCAGGCCCUGCCCUGCUCCCACAUCUUCCACCUCAGGUGCCUGCAGAACAACGGGACACGAAGCUGCCCCAACUGCCGCCGCUCGUCCAUGAAGCCUGGCUUCGUGUGACCCAGCAGGUCGUGGACUUCACCUCACCUCCCCUGCUCCUUCUCUGCCAUCACGCUGGAGGGCCCCGACCGGCUGAGCCCCCCGCCAUGCCUGUUUACUCCUGGGGCAGGGGCUGGGGGGAGCCUCCUGCGGCCUCAGUCAGGGCCCAGGGCCUGCCCACCGCGGCUCCGCCAGGCCCAGCUGCCCUCCCUGCUGCCUCUCUGGACUUUGCUCUUUCUAGAAAAAUAAAACCGUUUGUACCUCG